AUGGUCGAUCCAGAGCCCCAUGACAUUGCAACGUGUCGCCGAUGGGAAACUUUCACGAUCCCACGUUUCCAUGACCUCACUCCUAAACACGCGGAUUUGAGAACCUGCUCAGAGAUGGGGAUUCGCCGACUUUUGAAGAGAUGGAAAGGGGAAGAAUCUCCACGCCAGAAAAACGGCGAGAGUGACAGCAGACCAACACAGAACCAGACGAAACCACCUGCAAUAGACGGUAGUGAUACAGCCCAAGAUGGCUCUUCCAAUGUGAGACGAAAAGAAAGCCUCCAGGGUCCAGGGUCCACAGGGGCUUCACCCUCCUGUGCUCCCGCUCUUACAGAUGCGAGAAAAACGCGGGCGGAAACAAUUGAUUUGACACCCCCACCCGGAGCCGGAGGCACAGACGAGAGGGAGGGGUCCCUAUCCGGUCCUGGGGUGGGGGCCACACCGCACCCCACAUCCCCCCAUGAUCUGCCGACAUCCCCUGAAACCACUCUAGAGAUACCCAACGUCGGCGCCGACGCCGACGCCGACGAAGCCUUGAGGAACAACUUGCACUCGGAAGGGGGUGAAACGGAAGACCUGUGGCAAUUGAGCUUUGACGAACUCACUCAGGAGGAACAAGGACGUCUUGAAGCUUUCUUGGCGCCGGGCCAAGCGACAGCUAGUGACCAGCGCCAGGCUCCGAGCUUCAAAGCUACGGAUUUUGAAGAUCUCAUCGCGGUUACUCGGGCAAAGCAGGAAGCAUUGUCAGAUAGAAUCUGGAGUUUUGAUUUUUAUGGGCGAAAAAUUGUCCCCAGAGACUACACAGAGAGAGUCAUUACAUGUCUGACAAUUGUCGGAGAUGUCGGCGUCCCACUCAUGCCUCAGCCCGCUAGUAUUGUCUGGCCGCUGGUGAAAGGCUUAAUGCAGGUUCCAAUCGACGCAGAUGAAGAGACUGCUGCCGUACUCAUGACUGCAGACAUUCUGGUUCGGACUACCCGGUGCGGAACGACUUACGAAAAGAUGUUUCGCGAAAAGAUCAAAGAUCAGCACAGCGAUCUUUGGCUGGAUUUCCGAUCGGCUCUAUUCAAAUUAUACACUGCAUCACUGAGACUCAUGAUCUAUGCGCUGCGGCAGUGCGAUAAACGCACAGGUCGCCGCCUGGUGAAUGCAUUCCUGAAUCCGUCGAAAGCACAAAAUGAGAUCUCGAAUUUGGAAACGUGUCGUGCCAAUUUGCGCGAAAUUGUCAUGGAUUGCCAAAGUAUGAUUGGAGACGACAUUGAUGCAAGUGUCAUGGAAUUCUUGAGAAAGUUCUCUAUGUUCAGUUCGGUCAUUGAGCAACGCUUUGAUGAACUUUUUGAGCGACUCGACAACCAAGAAGUCAUGGACAUCCUCGAAUGGAUCUCACCUUAUAGGGCGCUUGACCGACAUAAUAUCAAAGCGGAGGCUCGGACACCCGAGACGUGUGAUUGGCUACUGGAAAAUCCGACUUUCAAUUGUUGGGAGCAAAGCUCAUCACCAAAAGUGAUCUGGUUGCAAGGUUCGCGUAAGUCGUCACCUCUAAAUGGCCGCUUGAGAUCACUCCCAUUGACCUUUACAGCUGGUACUGGAAAAAGGUUUCUGACGGCAAGGGUGAUUGAUCAUCUGCGUGCGAAUUUACACCCGGGCGAGGGGCUAGCCUUUUACUACUGCCAAAGAAGUGGGCAAAACUUCGAAGAGCCCAGUGAUGUGAUUCGUGCGAUAUUUCGCCAGCUGGCAACCCCGGCUCAUGAGCUGCAGGAGGAUGAAAUGCGAAAGGAUGUUCGGGACCUCUUUGCCCAAUCGAAGAACAUGACCCAUCCGUCAAUUUCGAUCUGCAAAGAGCAAAUCAUCAAGUCGUUGAGCCAAUACAGUCAAAUAACACUAGUUCUGGAUGCACUUGACGAAUGCGCAGAGCCCAGAAAAGAGUUGUUUGACCUUAUAGACUCCCUUGUCUCUCAAUCAGAGUGUCUGGUCAGGAUCUUCGUCUCUUCCCGUCCAGAGUCCGACAUCGAAGAGCGCUUCCGUGACGAGCUCACUAUCAAAACAGAGGUCCCUGAUGUGAAAGACGACAUCAGGAGCUUUAUCGAUAAGAAGAUUGGUGAACUUCGCUGGAACUCAAACACCGUGGUGUACCGCGAAGAUGUUGUUGACGCUCUUGUAGAGAAGAGUGAUGGAAUGUUUUUGUGGGCAUCCCUACACAUCGACCAGUUGCACAAUGUGCAGCUUGGCAAAGCCAUGCUUCGUCGUAUCAAGAAAAUGCCCCAAGGCCUCACUCGCACUUAUAAGGAGAUCUACGAACAAAUCUCCGCUGAUGAAGUUCAGAAAACGGUCGUGGAUCGUGCCUUCAUAUGGGUGAUGUGCUCUUACGGCCCGAUGUCAAGCGAACAGCUCUUGGCCGCAAUUCGUCACGAUGCAAAUCAUGACGAGCUCGAAGAAGUGAUUGACACCAACACAUUGCUGAGCCUGUGUAAGAGCCUUCUGGUUCUGGAUGAGCCAUCGAACCGACUUCGAUUUUGUCAUGCUUCUGUCUUGGAGUAUAUCCAGAGGGAAUUAUGGAACUCGCGAAACGCGCAUUGCUACGCUGCGAAGUCAUGUCUACGAUUCCUGAUGCUUGUUUAUGGAGAGCCGGCGCCCGAGACUGUCUCCGUUGCCAAGGCAGACGACUCAUCGAUCUCAUCCGAUGAGGACCUGAGCCUGCAGGAGGAUCCCACGAUAUUGUCAAGAGAUUACCCGUUCCACUUCUAUUCCAGACACCACUGGAUGCGCCAUAUCCAACACCACGAGCAAUUCGCAUUGACGUCGGAAGAGUUCGACUAUCCCUUGAACACUUUGCUCAAGGCAUUUUUGAAGUCACCAACUAAAUGUGGAACUGCUUAUCGGGCAUGGUUUGAGGAUGUCUCAAAGGAUGUGUGGCUUUCGCGGGACACGGCGAUCUUUACGGACGCCGUCACUCUUGACUACAUAAGCCCACCGACUAGGCCCAUUCUUGCAAUCUGUCGCUUUUCCUUUCACACCACGCUGAAGGACUGGUGGAAUAGAGAUGAAAUGUUUCUCCCGUACCAGAAUUCAAAAGAAGAAACUCCUCUGAUUGUCGCCGCCAGGGCUGGCUGUAACCCAAUCUGUGAAAAACUCUUGGACCGAAAGGCUGAUCUUGGCCAUCACGGAAUGAGAUUCACUGCCCUUGGCACCGCAGCAUACUAUGGACAUUUUGAAACAGCCAGGCUGUUGAUUCAGAGGGGAGCUAGCGUUGACAUGACUCUUCAAUGGGAUAUUAUCAGCCAGAGAUGGGGGGGAUUUAGACCCCACGAAGGACAGUUUGGAAGCGCUCUCUCCAUUGCAGCAUCAACUGGCGACCUUGAAAUGGCGAGGCUCCUGAUUGAGAAUGGAGCCACUGUUGACGAACCACUAGAAGGAGAUUACAAGAGUGCUCUUGCUACUGCGGUGUGUUUUGGCCAUAUUCCAAUGAUUGAACUUCUCAUCGACAACGGGGCCACUGUUGAUAUGAAACUGCAAGGUGAGUUCGGAAGCGCUCUUUCGCUUGCAGUAUCAGAGCUCAAUUUCGACGUGACCAAGCUCUUGAUCAAAAAAGGAGCCGAUGUCAACAUGGAACUUGACGGUACUAUGGCAAGCGCCCUCAUUACCGCAGCAUGCUCCAAGGAUCUUGACAUGGUAAAGCUUUUAGUGCAAGAGGGAGCUGCCAUCGACAUGCCAAUAACGCGAGACAUGACAUAUAAUUAUUAUGGAAGUGCCCUUUCUGCCGCUGCAAUCAAAGUCCAGCUGGCGAUUGCUGAAUAUCUCAUUGAAAAUGGUGCCAAUGUUAAUCGCCAAAUUCAAGGACUAUACAAUCACGCCUUGGCUGCUGCCACGUCUUUUGGACUUUCUAUGACCCAGUUUUUGGUGGAAAGAGGGGCAGAUCCUGAUAUGAGAUACCAAGUCACAGGGGAAAUGGGCUAUGGAAGUGUACUUGCUGAAGCGGCAUUCUUCGGGCGAGUUCUUGCAGUUGAAUACCUGAUAGACAACGGUGCCACGGUAAAUUUGGAAACUGAAGCAAUUUGCCCAACCGCACUUGCCGCUGCGGUAGUCGCGUGGAAAACUGAUAUGGUCGAGCUUCUGAUUUCAAAAGGAGCUAGUGUUAAUCAGCCACUUGGAGGAUCUUACGGAAGCGCCCUUGCUCAUGCAGCUUAUCGAGGGCAUGUCUCUGCUGCUGUCCUCCUCUUAGCAAAAGGGGCUUUUGUCAAUGCGCCUCUUCAAGGAUACUUUGGCAGCGCACUUAUUGCUGCUGCUUGGGCUGGUGGGAAUCAAAUGAUGACGUGUCUGGUAGAUCAUGGUGCCGACAUCGACUUGGCGACUUCCACAGGACAGUUUGGAAGCGCGCUUGCGGCAGCAUGUGCAGCAGGAUGCGUGGAGGUGGUGAAACAUCUAGUUGACGAGCGCAAAGCCAAUGUGAACUUGCCUUUGAUCACUGGGAUCUAUGGAACCGCCCUAAACGCGGCUUCAUACUGGGGCCGAACAGAGUGUGUGGAAAUAUUGCUUCGUGCGGGGGCCACCAUCAAACUUCUGGAAGACCACGCUGGGUUCAGUAGCGCCCUUGAAGCAGCUCAGGCUGAGACUUGUGAAAGCCGCGACGAAUUUAUCAGCAUGUCAAGGAAGCCGCGAUCCCUUCAUCGAAAACCAGCACAAAUAGCUGCCGACAAGGAAGCAGUGAUGAAGAUUUUGCUUGAAGUUGACACAUAA